ACCCAUAAGCCUGAUUUAAAAGGCCAUUUUGAUUCUGGUGAUUUAGGACUUUUGGCCCUUUUUGUUUGCCCUCUCUCUCAAACGUCUCUGCUUUUGGUUCCGUGCUCUUAGGGUUUUAAAGAAGGGCUUCUCUCUCUAUCCCUUUCACUUUCUCUCUCUAAAGUGAUAAAAUUCCAGGAAGAGAAGACGAAAGCCCAUGGAUAGAUAUACCAGGGUUGAAAAACCAAAGCCUGAAUCACCCAUAAACGAGAACGAGAUCCGUAUCACCUCAGGUGGUCCUGUUAGAAACUAUAUCAGCUAUGCUACUUCUCUUCUCCAGGAGAAACAUGUAAGAGAGGUUGUCUUGAAAGCAAUGGGACAGGCAAUUAGCAAGACAGUAUCUAUUGCAGAGGGUAUAAAGAGAAGAAAUCCUCGUUUGCAUCAAGAUACUGCCAUAAGUUCAGUAAGCAUAACUGAUGUUUGGGAACCUAUUGAAGAGGGCCUUUUACCUGUGGAACAGACUCGCCAAGUUUCAAUGAUCACAAUCACCUUGUCCUUCAGAGAGCUAAACAAAAAUUCUCCUGGGUAUCAAGCUCCACAUUCUGUGGAACAACCCAAGGAACAGUAUCCACAACAGCAGCAGCAACCCAGACAAUCACGUGGUCCAAACAAUGCUGUUCGUGAUGAUUCAUAUGCCCGAGGACGUGGUCGUGGUAGAGGGAGAGGGCGAAACUGGGGCAGGGGUGGAUAUGGGUAUGGAAAUUAUCAGGGAAACUAUCAGGGGAAUCAUCAAGGAAACUAUCAAGGUAUAAAAAUUAUGGAUAAUGGUGGUUAUACAAAUUGGGGUCGUGGUGGUGGGCGAGGCAGAAGUUGGGGUUAUCGUGGUACUGGGUAUGAAAGAGGCAGAGGUGGAGGAGGGGGCAGAGGCUAUGGUCGUGGUCGUGGAAGGAUGGGUGGUCGUUCAAGGGGUGGUGGUGGCAACCAGGGAUAAGUAGGGAAUGAGCACUCUUUUUGCUUUAGCUAAAUGCUUGCCUUGGCCAGUGGGCUAAAUUUUAUCCUGGUAGUGGUUUUAGUAGCAUGAAAUGUGGCUUAUCAUAAUCGAUUGUUUUGUGUUUAGUUUUCUCAAUCAUAUGGAUGUGGGCAAGGUUGUUCUGUUCAUUUUUGCAUUUAGCCAAUAGCAAGAGGAGGCUUAUGAUUUAUGUAAUUUGUUCUACCCUUGUGUUUGCAGUUAGUAUGUUCAUAUUUGGUUAUAAUAUUUUUUAUUCCUUUCUACAAA